UAGCUUAGCAACGGGCGCUCCCGCCCUCCGUCGGCGGCACCUGGGGGUAGCGAGCGAGGCAGGCCCCAAGCAGCUGCAAGACCAGGAGACUCUCCCGCCUUCUGACGGCGGAGUCUCGCGCCUCGUCGCUCGAGCGUGCGGCUGACUGAAAGAAGGCGCUCCUUCGCUUCCCGAGUCCCUGAGGGAAGCGGCGGCGCUCUGCCGUUCGUGUCUGAGGAGACGCUGAGAAGCUCCUCGGGCCGCCGGGCGGAGGCGGCACCAUGAAGGUGGCGGUGCUCGACUUGGGCACUGUGUUUGCCAAACUCUUCAAGCCCUCUUCCUCCUCGUCUCCCCCUUACUCCCCAACCACCGCCGCCGCCUCCCCUUCCAGCGGCGCGCCUCCGCCCAAGGCGCUGCUGCCCCUUCCUCCGUCUCCGCUGGGGUCUCUGCCCGCUCGCCCUGCCGCCUUGCAACCCGCAGGGGGCUCGUCUAGCUUAGCGGCAGCCAGUCGAGGCAUUCCCGGCGGGGCGGCGAAGUCCCCCGGUGGCGCCGGCGGCAACAGCUCUCCGCGCUCGGCGCCGCCGUCCCUGCCAAGGGAGCCCGGGGCUUGGGCAGCGCCCGCGGGCAAGCAGCUGCUCUUCGUCACUCUGCCCGAUAUCGGCGAGGAGGGCACGCCCGACGCCGACCCCCCAGAAGAGGCAUCGGAGCCCAGGAAAGGACUGUCUAAAGAAGUCGCAGACCGCUGUUUCCAAGGAAAGAGUGAGGAUGGCCUUCCAGCACCUUUUACCAAAAGCGUGCAAGAAGCCAUUGAUAAAUAUACAUUUGUCUCUGUUUCGUCACUUUCAUCAAGCAGACAGACAACACCAACAGACUUGAAUAAUUCUUGGUCUGGGAUUCAGAGUUGCACCACUGGCCCAUCUACUGAAAGAAGCUCUGUUUACUCCUGGAGAGAUGAUGAAUUUGAUAAAGCUAAUACGCAAAGAGUUCAUCAGCUGUUUUGGGAUGUGGAUGAAAUGUUGUUUGAAGGCAAAGUGAGUUCCCAAACGGAGAGUCUAAAGGCAGAAUGCAAGGAUUGGACUAACAGAUCACUUCACCUAAGGAUUUUGGGGAAACAGCUCAUUUUCCCAAAAGAUGAGGGCUUUCAGCAUUACCAGGGCAGAACUGCCAGCUCUGUUUACUCCAGGUCCUUACCUACCCUGAGUGAAAUCACCAGCAGUAUGAAAGAGUUAUGCAUCUCAGGCUCUAAACUGAUUCCUGCAGCUUUUCCAGUGCAGAAAGCAUUCAGCUCUGAAUUACCAGAAAUUUCUUUAGCGAAAUCACCUGUAUAUUCAUUCUUGGAAGAGGAAAUCUAUGAUGCAGAAGGAAAAAUUGAAGAGUAUCUUGCAUUCGACAACAAAGAACUUGAUGAUGAAAAGUUGGAGCAAAAGAUAUAUCAGCUUGCCCAAAAGAGGGUUAAACAUGGCAUUCCUCCUAUUUCCCCCAAUGCCUGUAUCAAAGAUGCUGUGGCUGCGGAGGUUUUCGAUCACGUCUGGAAGAAUGUAAUUCAAGUACUGGAAGAAUUAAUAAGGAAACACUGGGAAUCGUCUAUCACAGAGAAUGACAAACAGAUGGAGAAAUUGAAAGCUACUGGAAGCAAGUUACCACAUCUAUCCAUUUCCCGUGUUGCAAUGGAUACAUCAAGUGUACCCCCAUCAAGAGGGUCAGAGGCUCGAGGCACAUCUGUUGGUUUGCAUUUUGUCCCAUCACAGAUCCACCGGUUUCCCAGCAAUUUACACAGUGAUUUAAAUGGUGUCAUGACAAUCCAAGCAAAGCCACUGCAACAGAGGCACUCUGGGCUAACAGAAAAGAUACAGAAUGAGCAGGAAGACAAGCCUCAAGUGAGUUCCAGUGUUAACUCAGCACGAAAUCGGCUGGGGCGAAUUACUGACAGUAGUGUUCUCUCAUGUUCCCGAGUAUUGCUUGGAUCGUCUAGAAAAACAGCAGGCCACCGUAGGCUACCAUCAAUAGCUACAGAUCCUCUGCGCUCAAAGACCCCCAAUGUUUACAGCGAUGAAGUCCUUAGGGGGACAAAACUAUGUACUGCCUUAGAUCGCUUGUCUUCUCCACUUCUGCCUACAGCCCGGAACAAGCUGCCACCGAUUACAUCAGAUGCUGUUGAACAGUAUCUUUCAGUUCCUGUAUCACAACUAGGCUUUGUAAGAGAGAGGCAUAAAGGAAGGUAUCCUCAUAGCAGAACUUCCAGCGCGGUACCUGAUGGUGCAGAACGGCAGCCACUUAGAGAGCGGACUGUCAUAAUAGAUCAGUUUUCAAGACCCAAUACUACUCACACAUUUCGGUCAGAUACACCUCAUAAAAUAUCAUUGACUCCUAUGGAUUUUGCUAAUCAAAUGUGGACAGGACAUGGGGUAUUGAUAGGUUCACAGUUCCAUGCCAAAUCAUUCCAGAGAAAUCCACCUGCAGCUAGAAGAAGAUUUCAAGUUGCUUCAUAACAUAUAGCAGAAGGCAAAAAACCCACCAACCAACCAACCAACCUGAUCUGUACUUUAUGGGACUCUGCAAUACUCCUAACUAUUAUCAGAAGGGAUGGCAUUCCAGUAUUGUAGUUUUGUGCCUUAGUGCUCUGUGUCUCUGCAUACAACCUGCUUGAAAAUUGUUUCACCAAAGACUCAUUAGCAAGUGCAUCAAGACAGUGGCAUAUAUCUGGAAAACAGAAUAUGAACUGGUGCCAAAUUUCUCCCCUAAAGGCAUAAGUCAAGUUUAAAAGAAAGUGCCUUCCUGGUUCUGUUCUGUUCUGUUCUGUUUGUGGAUCAGAUGCAAGUAGAGCUGAGCCAAAUUGUCAUGAGCUUUUCUUUCCUUUUUCUGUGGGGAACAAGGGAACCUUAAAUAGUUUCCCUGUUUUUCAUCAAAGUUCUGAGGCUCAGGAAGAACUCUGUAAAAGUCCUCAAAGGCUGGUCUUUAAUUAUCUGAGCUAGCCCACAGAACUAUGAAGCCUUGGGAGGAAGGGUACUCUUUUCACAGUGAAGCAUGUUAAGGAAUUUGAGCUAGGCUUUGCCUUGGUUCUUUUGGGGGAGCUUCCCUGAACUUGGUUGUACAGGCAUUAAAAUAAACCUUAGCAGGGUUUUCACACAUUUCCUUCUAAUGAAAUUUUGAAGAAGCAAACACUGCAAAAACCAGGAAUGGUUUCCACAGGAAUGAAAGCGACACCAAAACAGUUGGAGUUGGUUUUAGCUCAGCUGUAGUAACGCAGUCUAUAAACCCUUGAAGAUUAUGAUAGGGAUAAUCAGAUUUAAUUCCUGGACUCUCUUUGUUAUGGUUCCAUAAGAAAAAUCUAUCCUUUCUCUCUGGUUUAGCUUGGGCAAUCUCUAAAAUUAAUUUUGGAAGUGAGGUAGGCAUAAGUUGCUGCAGUUUGGGUUCAAAUAUUAUUUCCUUUGUGCACAAAUUUAGCUAUUGCACAUUGAUUUUACAUACCGUGAGAAAACAAAUCUUGAUGCAAUCCCAUCAAAAUCCAUUUUGGACAAUUGCAUCAAGAACCUUUGGCCGUAUAUUACUGUUGCAUAGACACAACAUUUUAUUCUAAAAUCAAUGGAGACUUGAGUACUUGUUUCUUCUAUGUAGUCUACACACAAUCGAGAUAUUUUGCAUAUUUUUGCCCUCCCCCCAAAAAGAAGCACUUUUUGAGAAACUUAUUUUCAUUCUGAAAAUAAAAGUCAUUGUAUAUUU